AUGCCUCCAGGAAAGACCGCCCCAGGAUCAGACUACAUCCACCCACCAGAGCUCCAAGAGAUCCCAAUCCCAAAGAGCUACUCAGACCUCCCCUUUACCCAGAUCAAAGUCACCAAUGUCCCAGAGUCAUCCAAAGAGGUCACACGCGUCGUGCUGGUCACGCUCUACCGACCCAACAAGUACAAUGCCUUCACACCAACGAUGAUGAGAGAGCUCGAGCACGCAUACACUCUCUUCGAUAUUGACGACCGCGUGAAAUGCAUCGUGCAGACUGGAUAUGGCAAGAUGUUCUGUGCAGGAGCUGAUCUCGAUACCGGAUUUGUGGGCGCGGAAGAGGCUGUUCGGGACCACAGAGACGGAGGAGGCAGAGUGACCAUGGCGAUCAACAGAUGUCGCAAGCCGACGAUUGGUGCUGUGCAGGGAAGUGCUGUUGGUAUUGGCAUUACCAUGACGCUGCCAAUGAACAUCCGGAUUGCGUAUGCAGAUGCAAAGAUUGGGUUCGUGUUUGCGAGGAGAGGUCUGGUCAUGGAGGCUGCGAGCAGCUUCUUCCUUCCCAAGCUCAUUGGCACCUCAAAAGCCCUCCACCUCUGCACCACCGGCGCAACCUACCCAGCCAAACACCCCCUCCUCAACACCCUCUUCAGCGAAGUCCUCCCCAAACCCGAAGACGUCCUCCCGCGUGCCCUCGAAAUCGCCGACGAAGUCGUCAAGAACUGCAGCGGCGUCUCCACCUACCUCAUGAAAGAGCUCAUGUACCGCGGGCCCGAUAACGCAGAGAGCACGCAUCUCUUGGACAGCAGGAUCGUGUACGAGCUGUUCAGCAGCAAGGACAACAAGGAGGGUGUGGCGGCGUUUUUGGAGAAGAGACCGGUCAAUUUCCAGGGCACGAUGAAGGAUGAUGCGCCGGCGGCGUAUCCGUGGUGGGAUCCUGUUAGUACGGGAAAUCGGCCUGUGAAUUUGGGGUAUCAGUACAAGCCCAAAUUAUAA